AUAAUGCCCGCAGAGCGCCGCUCGUCGCCUUGCGCAGGGCUUCCUCUUCUGCACUUGCACGUUUUUAUAUCCUGAUCACUUCCAGCCACAAAGAUGCCUUUUCCACCCAUCAGCCUCCACCAGCGGAUCUCCUCGCCUGGCAGGGAACUGUUUGGAAAAAAGAAAGCCAACGGAGUGCCUCCUCAGAGUGAGAAAACCAGCAAAUCUGCCGGAGAGAAAGGGGGGCCCGAUAGGGACAAACAGUCCACUUCUUGGGCGUCUGCGAAUUUAAGGAAUUUGGGACGAAAAGCCCAGCAAGAGAAGAAUAAAAGCCCAUCUCAGAAGACCGUUUCCGGGCAAGAGACGCAGGGAAAAUGCUCCUGGUUGUCGGUGCCCAAACCUCAGGAUUCAUCCGAAGGAGUCCGGCGCUCCAGCUCCAUGGACUCCUCCAGACAUCUCCACGGGAAAGAGGAAGGGAAGAAGGAGAUUCAGUUCACCCUCAGUCUCACCCCUGAAGCCAUUCUUGUCAUCCAAAAACGGAAUCUAGAAAAGCAGAUGAUGGCAAAGCAGCAGAAAUGCUGCGCUUCCGCCGACUUCAGGCACAGGCGAGUUUUUCCAUCCAAAAAGGCGCACGGAGGCUCCAAGGGCUGCGCUCCUAACGGUAAAGGAGAGAACGCAGAGCAGGACAUCACCGCCAUCGUUAAAAUAUCUCUGCUAAAUGACCAAUACAAGUACGACGACGUGGAGUACGAAGAAGAGGACGGAGACGUGGACGAGACUGUUGUAAGGAAAUGCAAAGAGUGGCUGAAGGGGGUCGAAAACGCCGCCGCUUUGGGAAAAGUCGACAAACUUUCCGCACUUCCGCACCUUAAAGGCUGCUGACACCUGAUGUUUGGUUGUUUUUUUUUUUUCAUUUUUGAAAACUUGGACUGAUGGACUCGUGAAACGCGUGCAAUGGCAUCUUAAAGUCGAGCCUUGUGAUGUGAACGUUUGCAAAUGAGGAGAGAAAAUCCUCUCCAGAGACAUGUUGGGAAUCAUUAAAACAGAUGUCAGUACCUUCAAAUGUUACUUAUUUCAGAAUAUUAAGAGGAAUGAGUGAAUUGCAUUGAAGGCAUUCACUUAUCCAACAUAAGUAAGGUUUUAAAACUUAGCUGCAGCCUGCGUUUCAUCCAGCAGAUUUUGGUUCACAGAAACGUUGCUUCACGAGUUGAUUGCCUAUUCAAUGCUUUUUUCUCUUUUUUUGAAGUUACAGUUGAAUACCUUAAUAUUCUCGUCCUUUGCACAUGUUUUUUUGUUUUCAGCGGGGCGCCUGUGGAUUGGCAGAAGGGUUUGCGUAAAAGGGACGCGAAACCGUUCCUUUGUGCUUGGAGAACAAUAAACUGUCAACAACAGGGCUUCAUAUGCGCCUGCAGCUGAAACCAAACUGGAUCGUUUAUUUAUCCUCUAAUAAGAGGGUUAUAUCCUUUGUAGGGAUUUAUCAGUGAUGUACAGUAUUUAAUAUUUACAAAAUAUUUGUACUGUCAAAUGUGGUUUUUUUUUUCUUCUCACAGCUGA